CUCCGCUCUGCAUGCAGCUUCCCUAUUGUCUAUCCUGACAUUCACCGCGCACAGUCCCUGCACAACACGCUGCACAAUACAUUGACGUCCUCCGCCAUGCCCCCCAAGACAGUCGAGGAGCAGCUGGCCGAGCUGGAAAUGGAAGCGGAGGCACCCGCUGCACCCCCGCCCAAGAGCUCCAAGGCCGCCAAAGCUCCGCGCAAGACGGCCCAGCAGGACAUCGACGCCCUCAAGGAGCUCGAGGAGCUUGAGGCGCUUGAGAAGUUCCAGGCACCCGAAGCACCGCGCCCCUCCAGUCGCUCCAACACACCCAAGCUGUCGUCGUCGACCGCCUCCAGCAAGAAGGCUGGUGUCGCAACGCCGUCGUCGAGCGGCUCCGGACGCACCAGCGAGGAGAAGCCGCAGCCACCAAGAAAGUCGGGAGAGAGUGCCCGUUCGUUCCACCAGAGUUUCGCUCCCACCGAAGAGGAACCUGUGAAGCCAGCACCAGAACCGCAGCAGCAAUCGGGAGGCUGGGGAUGGGGAGGCUUCAGCGUUGGGGGCCUGCUAUCGACAGCAACUGCAACAGCCGAUGCGGCGAGGAAGCGCGCUGAAGCAGCAUACCAGGAGCUUCAGAAGAACGAGGAGGCACAGCGGUGGGCGGAACAAGUGCGGGGAGUGCGAGGAAAUGUAAACCUUGGUGCAUUGCGUGGACUCGGAGAGGAACUGCAGAAACGCGCCAUUCCGACAUUUACAGACCUCGUCCAUACCCUCGCCCCCCCCAUCGCACAACACGAGCGCCUACAAAUCCACAUUACCCACGACCUCAUCGGCUACCCUUCGCUCGACCCCAUAAUCUACCAAACUUUCUCCUCAGUCAUGUCGCAAGUUGAGGGCGGCGACCUAUUGGUCAUCCAGCGGGGCUCAGAGUCGACACAGCGCAGUUCGAUAGAUGGCCACCGCGGCAGCAGCGCCGGCUGGAACGACGGCCCCUGGUGGCGCGACACGGACAAGCGGGAUCUGAGUGUCGUUAAGGGACUACCGGAGGGCACCAAGCUCGUCAGAGUGAGCGCAGAGAGCUACGCCAACGAGUUCUUCAACGCACGAGGGGGGUUGGAAGAGGCAGCGAAGCAGGCGACCGAGGUCCUGAGCGAGUCGAACCCCGUGCGGAGUAGCGAUAUAUUCUUGGCUUUGCAGGCAAUCAGCUACACCACGCCCGAUGACCUUUUCCAGGCUUCGCCGUCAGCGGACGAGAAGGAAGGCAAUGUUCAGGAGCAGAAGGAGACAGACGAGCUUAUUGUUUUUGCCAUCUAUCUGCACGACCCUAUCCACGGCAUCAGCUACAAAGCGUUGAGUCAGUCGUUCCCUGCGAAGUGGGUGGAGUGGCUCGAUGCGCCCGCGCCAACCGAAGAAGCUGGAGAAGAGGCGCAGUUGCCCCCAGAGAUCCAACAAAUCAUCCAAGACGGCGGUGUCGACCCCCGUGAGUGGGCUGCGGAAUGGAUGUCCGAGGUAAUCAGUCUCAGUGUCGGUGUCGUUGCCCAGCGGUACGUCGCGCGCAGGAUGGGCGUGGGCGAGGGCGGCAUUGGCCGCGGAAAAGCGCGCGAAGCCAUUGUAGAAGCAGGAGGCGGCGAAGCCGCCCGGGCUGGCAUCAUCUGAGAAGCUUCGGCUUAGUCCUUGGUUAGCAUCAAUACCUCUCCGGGCGUUUUGGAUCUACUGCGAUUGGAUUGGCGUUUUUCAUUACGUUCUGUAGCGCUUUUAA